GUGUCCGGAAGCGGGGCGGGAGGCGGCGGCCGCCCAUCGCCGCGGGCCGGGGCCGCUCGCCCGCCGCCAUCGCCGCCAUGGCCUCGGUCGCCGAGUGCCUGCGGGAGUGGGAGGAGCUGCAGGACGGCUACCAGCGCAUCCAGGAUAAUCACAAGCUGUACAAGCAGAAGCUUGAGGAGCUAACCAAGCUCCAGGACGGGAUCUCCAGCUCCAUUGCACGGCAGAAGAAGCGGCUGAAGGAGCUGUCAUUGUCCCUCAAAAAAUGCAAAACCCACGUGAAUCCCGAACAGGAGGAGUCCAUCCAAGAGACCCAGAACCUGAUAAAAGAGAGGCAGAACGUUUUCUUUGAGAUGGAGGCCUAUCUGCCAAAGAAGAACGGGUUGUACCUGAGUCUGGUGCUCGGGAACGUGAACGUCACGCUGCUCAGCAAGCAGGCCAAGUUUGCGUAUAAAGAUGAGUAUGAGAAGUUCAAGCUCUACCUCACCAUCAUCUUACUCAUCGUGUCCUUCUCUUGUCGGUUCCUCCUCAACUCCAGGGUGACAGAUGCCGUCUUUAACUUCCUCCUGGUGUGGUACUACUGCACCCUCACCAUCCGGGAGAGCAUCUUGAUCAACAACGGAUCCAAAAUCAAAGGCUGGUGGGUUUUCCAUCACUACGUCUCCACCUUCCUCUCAGGUGUCAUGCUGACAUGGCCGGACGGGCUCAUGUACCAGAUGUUCAGGAACCAGUUCCUCUCCUUCUCCAUGUACCAGAGCUUCGUACAGUUCCUCCAGUACUACUACCAGAGCGGGUGCUUGUACCGGCUCCGAGCGCUGGGCGAGAGGCACAACAUGGAUCUGACUGUGGAGGGCUUCCAGUCCUGGAUGUGGAGAGGCCUCACCUUUCUCCUUCCCUUCCUCUUCUUUGGGCACUUCUGGCAGCUCUACAAUGCCGUCACCCUCUUCCGUAUGAUCCAGCACCCGGAAUGCAAGGAGUGGCAGGUCCUCAUGUGCGGCCUCCCCUUCCUCAUCCUCUUCCUCGGGAACUUCUUCACCACCCUCCGUGUUGUCCACCAGAAGUUACAGAACAAGAACAAAGACACGAAGCAGAAUUGAAGGGGAGCAGCGUGGGGGCCAGACUGUUUCUCCCCACCAGCUCCAUCUCCCAUCCCCAGCCCCUCGAAGCCGUCCAGACUCUGGUGUCUCGCCCCGUUCCUUGGAAGCCUGGGUGUGGGACGGAGCUUGGGCCCUGCUCGCCAAUAGACCGCGUAUUCGCUGCGGUGCUGGAUCUGAAUCACCCACCUGAGGCCCGAGCACCCUGCAACCCCCUCUCCUGGCUGCCUGGGACAGCCGCUCCCCUUGCCCCGAGGACACUUACUGGGAUGGUUCUCCUGGGUUGAGCCCAGCUCUGCGCGCGCUCCCCACCACGCACAGGGCAGCCCGGAGCACCUGGCUUGCAUCAGCUCCCUUGGGACAAGGCUCUCCUCCAUCUCUCCCCAGCCCUGCAGACAGGGCAGCCCCUGGGCGUUGAAGGCAGAAGUACAGAGGCCCUCACACCUCAUCGGCUACAAGCAGUCGCUCCCCUGGCUGCCCCCUUUGCUUUCAGGGACGGCUGGAGGCCGUGCACAGGCCUGGCUCCAGGCUGUGUCAUACCCCGCUUCCUCCCGCGCCUUCGAGCCACGGGGCGGAGGGGUGGGAGCACCACGAGCCUGAAUCAGGCUUCACGCUGGAGCUGUGCGAACAGCACCCUGGUCUUGCAUCUCUGGAGGAUGCACAUGUGAAAAUAAAGGGAAGGCGCUGCCUCGGGUCGCUGGGGUGGUCUCGGAACAGCUUGUGUGCUCUGCGGGUUUAGCUCAUCUGGCAGUGGGCACCCGACAAUGUGUCACAGGGAGGGAAAUAAAACCCUCCCCAGCUCCUUCCUGCAGCAGCCCCCAGCCCACACAGCCCCAUGCUCUGGGCCGCGGCCAGAGCUUUGGCUGCCUGAGGCAGGGCAUCCGUGUCACUGGAGCCCAGGGGAGGAGAAGCCAGAACUCCUGAAGUGUUGGGAACCCAAGAGCAUGUCUAGCACAGCUGCGCUUCAGUCCAGAGCCAGCCACCCGCCCUGCCAGGGCUCAGCACCCCAGGGUAAGGGCUGCCCCCGCCCCCAGCUCCAGCUCAGCCUAAACCCAGAGUUUCCUCCUGGUUCGCAGCCAUCACACUCCUCCUGCCUCCCUCUUCCCGAGCAGAGGGAGGGCAGGAAGAAAACUACAGAAACAGUAUUUUUAUUGCAAGGGCAA